AUGUCUGUGGAAGGAAAAUUAAGAUUAAAAGAAUUAGUUAUUAGAAGGUCGUCUGCAAAGGGACAAAUAACUAAAUUUAAAAAUUAUUUGACUGGUAUUAAUGAUAAGCUGGAAUUAAAUAAUAUAGAGUUUACCGAGUUGAAAUUAAAAUUGGCUAAAUUUGAAGCUUUGUCGGUUAGGGUUGACGAUUUGCAAGGUGAAAUAGAAGUUUUAAGUCCUGAAAACAUUUCAACCGAAAUUGAUGAGCGUGAUAAUAUCGAACAGGAUAUUAUAAUAAGCAUUGCAACCGCCAAAACUUUAGUUGAAAGGUUUUCAAAGGUAUUUGAUUGUGAACAUAAGCGAAAUUCAAUGCAUAACGUUUCAUGUUGUGUUGAAGAAUCUAAUUCUUGUACUGACCUGGGAUUAAAAUUGCCACAGAUACAAAUUAAUAAAUUUGACGGUGCAUAUUUCCGUUGGCUAGAAUUUAAAGACACAUUUGAAAAUUUAAUUCACAAUAAUGACCGUAUACCACCAAUAAAUAAAUUUCAUUACUUAAUUUCUUAUUUACAAGGUGACGCGGCUAGAGUUAUUUCUAACUUCGAGGUGUCUGCUAACAAUUAUGUCAGCGCAUGGGAUUUAUUGUGUAGCCGCUAUAAUAAUAAACGUAUUCUUAUUAAUCAUCACUUAAAUUCAAUAUUUAAUAUUAAGCAGCUUCCUCGAGAAUCAGAGCGUGCUUUGCGAUUUCUGGUAGAUCAAGUAACAAAGGAUUUGCGUGCCUUGGCAAGUUUAGGGCAACCUACGCAUACAUGGGAUACAUUAAUAGUGUUUAUGUUAUCUUCAAAAUUGGAUAACAACACUUUAUUGAAAUGGGAAGAGGUUCGCAGUAGCUUAGAUGGUGAUGUACCCAAUCUGGAACAAUUUUAUAAAUUUUUAAUAGAUCGUGCUGAUAUAUUAGAAUCUUUAAAUCGAAAUAACAAGUCAGAUAUCAAUGUUUCUAAACCUCAUGUUCAAGUGCGUUCUACCUAUAAUAAUAAUUAUAACACUAUGGUAGGGGAGCCCACGAUGCUAAAUGGGGAUUUACUCGAGCGUCGUAGAGACCUAUUGGGAUGCAAAGCUUAG